AUGCAACACCACAACUCACAGAAGCUGAAUUUGAAGAGACCACUAUCAUUCACUUCCCCAAAGUCGGCAUUUGGAGGUGAUUACCACCGUUUCGAUGCUGAUUCUGAUCGAGGAAAACCUAAUCAAGAUGAUGAUCAAGUUGUUGUUGUGAAGAAUCCUUCUGCUGCAGUUGAGAAAUCCACUUCUGAUGGGCUCACGGUUGAGGGUAUAAUUGUUAAUGUUUGGAGCAUAUAUGAUGAGAAUGAGAGAGAUUGGAAAAGCCAUGCAUCUGCCAUUGCUCAAUCAAUUCAUCUUAUCAAGACACGCCUGAGGGGCACAAAAGGGAAUACCAACAAUUCUUCUCGAAUUUUUUAUUACAGUGUUCUAGAGCAAUAUCUUGGAUUUCGAAUUGCGGAUGCUACUAAUGUCAGUCGAAGUAUGUUCCGCAAAUCUUAA